GCCAGGCUGUCUCUGCCUUUUUCACAGUGGUGUCCCGACUCCCAGAAGAGCACUUUACACAAAGUAGGUGCUCAAUAGGCAAAUAUGUUUAAGAUUUAAUAUUAAGCUGAAUCAGGAAAGUUAAACUCUGUUCCCGAAAGAAAAUUCUUGUUCCCAAAGUCCAUGGUAUCAAUACCAGAAGUCUGUGAAAUCUGAAAGCUGAGAGGGGAGGGCAGCAUCAGGCACCACAAAGUUGACAAGUUGCCAACAUGGUAGCUAAUCAUGACCUUAUGGGUGAAAAGUAAGCGUAGGAAGAAACAUACUUACUGGCUUGUUAUGAAAGCAAUUUGUGUGAAAUGGUAAGAUGUUCUUUGUUUUAGCUGGCUUCAUGAUCAUGGAAAGAGUCAACCAAACCAGCAGUGUUUCUGAGUUCAUCCUCCUGGGACUCUCCUCCCGGCCUGGGGACCAGAAGCCACUCUUUAUCCUCUUCCUCACCAUGUACCUGGUCACCAUAACAGGGAACCUGCUCAUCAUCCUCGCCAUCCACUCUGACCCCCAGCUCCAGACCCCCAUGUAUUUCUUCCUGAGUUUCCUGUCCUUCACUGACAUUUGCUUUACAACAACCAUUGUCCCCAGGAUGCUAGUGAACUUCCUGUCAGAAAAGACCAUCUCCUAUGCUGAGUGCCUGACACAGAUGUAUUUUAUUUACGUUCUGGCCAACACUGACAGCUUCCUCCUGGUGGUCAUGGCCUUUGACCGCUAUGUGGCCAUCUGUGACCCCUUCCACUAUGUCACCACCAUGAACCACCACCGCUGUGUCCUGCUGGUGGCCUUUUCCUGCACAUUUCCUCACUUCCACUCACUCCUACACACACUGCUACUGAAUCGUCUCACCUUCUGUGACAACAAUGUUAUCCAUCACUUCCUCUGUGACAUCAACCCUCUGCUGAAAUUGUCCUGCUCCUCCACAUUUCUCAAUGAAAUCGUGAUAAUGUCAGAAGGUUCUGUUGUUUUGGUGACCCCCUUUGUGUGCAUCACCUUCUCUUAUAUACGAAUCCUCAUCACAGUUCUCAAGAUCCCCUCAGCUGCUGGGAAACGCAAAGCCUUCUCCACCUGUGGCUCUCACCUCACUGUGGUAACCCUCUUUUAUGGAAGCAUCUUCUAUGUCUAUUUACAGCCCCUGUCCAACUACACUGUGAGAGAUCGUGUGGCAACAAUUGUCUACACACUUCUUACCUCCAUGCUGAACCCUUUUAUCUAUAGCCUGAGAAACAAAGACCUGAAACAGGGCCUGAGGAAACUGAUGGGCAGGAGGAAGUCCUAGCCAGAACCUCUGGGAGCAUGUUCAUGAAUGUCUCUUCUCCUUUGGACCCUGUUUCUGCUGGUCAGCAGGGAUAAUUCAUAUGUGUCAUGGAUGUUGGAUUGUAUCCAUUUCUUUGCAUAUGCAACCAUCUUCCACUGAGAUCAUUAUGAUUCAAUAAUUGGCUCAAGGUCUACCAAAAUCUUGGCUUCCAGUUUUCACAUUUCUACCUCUCUCUACUUCCUCUUCUCCAGGAAACAAUAUCUUUUUUCAUUCCCUUUAAGUACAGUUGAAACCUGUUUCCACAUAAAUUCCUGGAACUAAUUCAUAUCGGUUCAAGGACUUUGAUUCCCUUAGUAUCCUUCUUACUUUAAUGAACUUCUGUAAUCAGUUUUGCUAGCUUUUUGAAAAUAAUUACAGAAAUUUAGGGAGAGAAAGAGAGAGAGAUACAGAGAUAGAUUGAAAAUUUCAUCAAUUGGAAACUUUCACCAAAGCAAAGAAGGUGUCUGGCCCAUCAGUUUAUGCAGGGAUUUUGCUCUUCCUUCUUCUCUAUCAUUGACAGCAGGAUAUUCCAGAAUAUUCUGGGCACUGUAGGAACACAGGCCCAUCUCUUAGCCCUGAUUAGCUAAAUGACUUAGUAGUUCAGCACACAACUGAACCAAUGAUCAGGCCAGCAUGCAGCGGGGAGUUGCCUCUGGGUCUUUACCCUGGUCAUCUGUUGUCUGUCCCUCAUAGGCACUCACUCCCCUUGAGCCCUCUCUUGGCUUCAACUCCUCUUACAGACCCCUCUAUUUCUACCAUCACUACCCCUCUGAAAUCUGCCUGGUUCUCAAGGAAAGAUUUGUUGUAUGUACUUAGAUUAUCUUCCAUAUUUUUUGAAGAGAGAGUUAAAACCCGUAUAUGAACGUUGAAGGCAGAUAUAACUAGGAGAUUCCAGAACCAAACAUAGAGGCUCUGGGAUGUAGAGUCAUCCAGUGCUACAGGCAAUGACUUGAUUCUGUUUACUUUUCUUUUCAUUCUUUAUUCUCUAUUAUUCUUUCAGGGAUUGUAGACUCUGCAGUAUUUUGUAUCUUAAUAUUUUUGCCACUUACUGUUCUAUAUCAUUUCCAAAGAUAUUACUCAGCAGGUCUCACAUGGGGGCCUGUGAACCUGGAUUUUAAUAAGCACCCCAUAGAGAAAACUAACUUGGCCUUAUGUGAGCAGCUGAAUGUUUGAAAAUUUCUGAUCUUUCAUUGUCUCGAUGUUUGUAUUUCUAAGACUCAUGUCCGAUAGUAAUAGUAUAUCAAGUUAUCAAGCUACAUGUACACAGACACUCAUUGAUUACAGCAUUGUUUGUAAUAGUGAAAAAUUAGAAACAACCUAAAUGCCCAUCAAUAGGAGAAUAGACAAAUAAUGGUUCAAUUUUCCCAUAGAAAGAAAUAAUAUAUAGUAAUUAUAAAUAAUAAGGUGUAUCUCUACCACUGCCCUGAAUAGCCAUUAUGAGUGAAGUUGCAAAAUAAAAUGCUUAAGAAUAAACCCAAUUGGGGGUCCUGGGUGACUCGGUUGGCUAAGCAUCUAACUUUGGUUCAGGUCACGAUCACACAGUGUGUGAG